CGUCUUUUUGCAGUAGUAUUGACAGCGAACUGUAUUUUUUGAGUGCGUGUCAUUAUUUUUCUCCAACGAUUUUCACUGUUUUUCUUAAGAAAAUCGUGGAAAAUACAAUAAUAUUGUAUAAAAAAAUUAAAAUAAAUUAAAAAAAGAAAUAAUAUAAUAGUUAAAAUAAGAUGUCAGGUGAAGUGGUUGAACAAGUAGUGGAAGCUGUGAAAGAUGCAACUGAGGCGGCUGUUGAAAAUGCAACUGAAACUAUUACAAAUGCAAAAAUACCCUCAACUCCAGAAGGUAUUGCUGUAGCCUAUGGUAGUCUGGUCAUUAUGGCCAUGUUACCAAUUGUUUUUGGUUCCAUACGUUCGGUCAAAUUGCACAAAGCUAAAAAGAUAAGCGGCGAAAAAGCUGAUACAAUGACAACAAAAGAUGCCAUGUUCUUUCCUCUCAUAGCGUCUGCUGCACUUUUCGGUCUCUAUAUUAUCUUUAAAAUUUCCUCCAAAGAUCACAUUAACCUCUUGUUGACCGGUUACUUCUUUGUUUUGGGUGUCAUUGCCUUAGCCCAUUUAUUAAGUCCCAUUGCCAAUUCUCUAAUGCCCGCUGCUGUACCAAAAAUACCCUUCCAUAUACAUUUCACUCGUGGAGAGGGUAAAAAUAAAGAGGACAUUAUCAACUAUAAAUUUAGCACUCAUGAUAUUGUUUGCUUAGUUAUAUCGGCCGCCAUUGGUGUUUGGUAUUUAUUAAAGAAACACUGGAUUGCCAAUAAUAUGUUUGGUUUGGCUUUUGCUGUCAAUGGUGUGGAAAUGUUGCAUUUAAAUAAUAUUGUUACCGGUUGCAUUCUGUUGAGCGGUCUCUUUUUCUAUGACAUUUUCUGGGUAUUCGGCACAAAUGUUAUGGUUACAGUUGCCAAGAGUUUUGAGGCUCCCAUCAAACUAGUUUUCCCACAAGAUUUACUUACCAAUGGUUUAAAUGCUUCCAAUUUUGCCAUGUUGGGUUUGGGUGAUAUUGUUAUUCCCGGCAUUUUCAUUGCUCUGUUGUUGCGUUUUGAUCACAGUACCAAGCGUAAGAGUCGCAUUUAUUUCUAUUCCACUUUGGUGGCCUAUUUCAUGGGUUUAAUGGCUACCAUUUUUGUUAUGCAUGUAUUUAAACAUGCCCAACCUGCUUUGUUAUAUUUGGUGCCAGCUUGUAUGGGUACUCCAUUGUUGGUGGCUCUUGUACGUGGUGAAUUGAAAACUUUGUUUGCCUAUGAAGAUCAUCCUGAGGAGAAACCCGAAAAGAAAGAGGCUAAGGAAAGCAGCAGCAGCAGUAAAAAGAAGGAAGCUAAGAAAGCCAAAUGAUUAUCAGGUGUGGACACUACAGCAUCCGAUAAUACAACCAGUAACACUACCCCACAACAUUCUGCGACAGUUGUUAAACGUUAUCCCAAACAAUUUACAAAUCGUCCAAAUUCAUACAUUUAAAUUCGAAAUGUAUGAAUUCCAAUUCCUUUCUUAUUCACCUCAAUCAUUUUCCAUAAGUGUUGUAUCUCCUUUAAACAAAUUUUUAUUUAAUUUUGUUCUUUUUUAUUACAAUUUUUUUUUUUGUAUUUUGUUUUGUAAACUUUUUUAUACUACAACUAAUUUCUACUUUUUUUAUAUAUAUUUUUAGAAAUUAGAAAUUACGAUAAAAGUAGUUUAAUGCUUACAAACUUCUUAUAAACUUUAAUCAAAAUGCAAAAUACAUGAAUUGAUAAAACUAUUGAUAA